AUGUAUAUCUUUAAAAAUAUUUACCCUUUUGGAUUGUUAAAUAUUUGUUUAUUGGAAAUUAUCUGGAGAUCCUAUAUUUUUGAAAAUAAAUAUGAGUGCAAGAAUAUUACUGUAGGCUCUGGUUUUCAUCUUUUAUAUGUUUUAAAUAAGCAAAAUCAGGAUUUUUGGUACAAAAUGAUAGAGAAUGAAGAAGUAUUCAACUGCUUCUUAUAUAUUUCACUUUCUUUAUAUAAUGAAAAUAUGCAAUUUAAUAGUACUGAUAAAUCUUCUGAAUGGAUUAUGCUUUUUUUUAGACGUUUAUUUUGUCUAAAACCAGAUAUAUUUUGCAAAUUAUAUCAUUUGGAAAUAGAAGAGUAUUUAUCAGAUAAUUGUGAUAUUUUUUUGGUUUAUUUAACUCUCUUAAAUCCUUAUAUUCAAUUAAAUUUAGAAAACUCUGGACAAAAUGAUAUAUCUAAUAUAUCUCUUACUCCAGAACUUAGAAGACUUCAAAAUAUAUUGCUAUGUAUAUCAUUGUCUUUAUAUGAUCUCCAAAUAUUACUUUUAGCUAUAUGGGAAGAAUUAGAGGCAAAUUUAGAGACUGUGUUUACAAAUAAUAAGGCUGAUGAAAAUAAUAUGUCUGUUUGUAUGAUGAAAUCAAAGAAUGUUUUAGAUGUAAUUCAACAAGAAAUUUUACUAGGAGCAUCACAAAUUAUCCAAUAUAUCAACAAAAUAAUUGAUAGUAAAAAUUUCGAUUUAAUUUUUGAGAAUAGUGAAUCUCAUCAUUUUUCUAAGUGGCUUUUUUUGACAAGAAGUCUUUUUAUAUAUAUCCCUGAUAAUUAUAAUAUGAAAAAGCUUUUUCUUGAACAGUGUGUUUUAACUUUAAACAAAAUGUUACAAAUUCGCAAAUUAAUACUAAGUUUAAGAAAUGAUGAGAAUAGAAACAAAGGAGAACAAUGUUGGAUAAAUAUUAGUGCUAAUGUCUCCUUGGAGUCUUUAGUUCAUAUAAUUACUAUUACUUGUGAAAACUGCACUAGGAAUCAGAAUUUAUUAAGAAAAUUGGGAGGUAUCCCACUACUUCUCCAGUGUAUAAACAUAACAGAUGCAAACCACCCAUUCCUAAAAGAGGCUGCAAUAUUAUCAAUUAAAGUAUCAUCAUCUGAUAAUGCACUGAACAAAAAGGAAUUACAAUUAUAUUCUGUAUAA